AUGUCAGACCCGACUCCUCGAGCCGGCCUUCACCCGAUCCCCGGCACCAAACCGCUCACCUUUACAGGUGCUGUCCUCCCACCUCUGAUUUACUACCUGGCACUCCUUCUUCUCGCUCCUCCUCCGCCGCCCGCGAUCGACAGCCUGGUUGUCAGGAGGCUCCGGGACUGUCUCGCCCUGAUCGCCGGGGUGCUGUUCUUUCGUCUGCCUCUUGUGUACCAUGUCCCGCAGAGCAUUGGCUUGACAUACCAACUGGGCCUUGUCGGUCUGUAUGGUGGAUGCAGGGUCUUGGAUGCGUUCUUCAUAAGCCCAUACUUCUUUGGACACAUUCCGCGGAGGGUCAAAUAUCAUCACAGCCGGCGCUUGGGCUCUCGGAGCCCGGUGUCGGAAGUCCAGGAGAAGGAAUGGACAAAUGGCGGAGUCACUGAUCCUUUCCACCAUGAUGGUGAUUCACAAGAGGAUAUCUCUCAAGAUGCAGGUAGCGGCGAUGUAUCAGCACCGAAGACGCCUGUUCUAGCCUUUGCCAUCCCUCCUAGCUCUGUCGUGAAGUCCGCUCUCCGUCGGUCCUUCUCAGGUCCAGACCCAGUUCCGGUCUUGGAGACAGCAACCACCGAGAUUGGAUGGCCCAUAAGUCUUCUAGACCGUGCGGCGUGGGCUCUUGAGCUCGAACUCUCCAUGCGUGGCAUAGGCUUCACCUGGACGACUGCAGAUGUGAGGCAUACUCGCAAAACCUGGCUUCCUACCGUCCACAAUCGCCUCCACAGUAUAUUUGUCCACGUCAUGCCAGUUCUCCUCGUCAGCUGGGCUGUGAUCAGAACCAUCUAUGUACGCUAUCUAAUGUCCACGCAGGACGCACCCUGGGACUUGUAUUCCGCAUAUGACCUCUUCGACCACCGCAUCCCUAUAGGGCUCCAACUGCUGUUAACGGCUGCACUGGGAGCGUUCCUCAUGGCGGCGUUCUCAUGCGGCCAUUCUCUCUUUGCCAUCCUGCUCAAUCCGCUCGCACCAAGCCCACUCGCCUUUUUCCCUCCGCUGUACACCACAAGACCGUGGCAAAUCACCAGCGUCCGACAAUUCUGGAGUUUCGGCUGGCACAGGCUCUUCGCGAGGCUGUUCUUGGUCUACGGCAUAUGGCCAGGCGAGAGGGUGGAGCGUAGACUCUUGAAGAAAGGCCCAGAUUCACCAGCCGACAUCGGAAAGGUCAUUGGCGCCUUCUUGAGCUCUGCGUGCGUCCACGCCUUCUCAGUCCGCGGCGUCCUCGCUGGCGAUUGGAGCAUGGCGGUCGGCGAAGCCAAGUUCUUCGCCCUGAACGGUGUCGCGGUCGUGCUGGAAGGCGUGGUCGUGUGGGCUGUUCGGAGAGCCAGGAAAAGGAACGGCCGGCCGAGUCAGGUGUGGUACGACCCCGUCGUGGGAAGGGUCUGGUGGAUCGCCGUGCUGUUGUGGACAGGUAGGAAUUUUGCGAGAGGUUGGGUCAAGGCAGGCCUUGUGCGGGAGAUGGCCUUUCUGUGA